GGUCCGCGUGCGCGGAGGGAUCUGGCGGCCGAAAAAUGGAUGAUGAUGAUGAUGACAUUCCCCAGCUUUCAUCCCAUACGUUGGCUGCCCUCCAGGAGUUCUAUUUGGAACAGCAGCAGAGAGAGGGCAUGAAGACCUCCCAGGGGUUUAAUCAAUAUUCCAUUGGCUCAAUAGAAGAAGACUGGCAACUGAGCCAGUUUUGGUACAGCGAUGAAACCGCAUCAUGCCUGGCUAAUGAAGCAGUUGUGGCAGCUGGAAAAGGUGGCAGGAUAGCAUGUGUUAGUGCACCGAGUGUGUACCAGAAACUGAAAGAACAAGAUGGUAAAGAUUUUUCAGUGUGUAUACUGGAGUACGACAGAAGGUUUUCUGUAUAUGGAGAAGAAUUUAUCUUCUAUGAUUACAACUACCCUUUGAACUUACCUGAAAAUCUCCUGCCACACAGUUUUGACAUCGUAAUAGCAGAUCCACCCUAUCUGUCUGAGGAAUGUCUUCAAAAAACUGCAGAGACCAUCAAAUACUUAACAAAAGGAAAGAUUCUGCUUUGCACAGGUGAAAUCAUGGAGGAACAGGCAGCAAAGCAUCUUGGUGUGAAGAUAUGCAAGUUUAUUCCAAAACACUCGCGAAAUUUAGCCAAUGAAUUUCGAUGUUACGUGAACUAUGCUUCUGGACUGGACUGAUUCUCAUAAGAAGAUCUACAACUUUUUCAGUCAAGCUCCUUUCUAGUUUUUAUCAGUGACUCCACAUUUCUCAAUGCCGAAAUAUUCAGCUCCCAGUACUGUUUUCUGGGCUAGCUUUAAUCAACACAGUGUGAUAGCCUCUGUCUUUUAAAUGUGUAAGCAUUUGCAGUUACUGUGUUUUGUAUCUUACCUAUUAGGUAAAUGGGGACCAAACAGUGCAGGUGCUGGAUAAUGGGAACUUCUCUGUUACGAGUUUCAUUCUAACUGGUAGUUUUUACCAUUCAAGGACUCUUCAGUGACCUCUCUGAAGUGAUUUUAGCUGGUUGGCUUAUAACAACACAUAGGUGCUUGCCUCACAGACAUCAGAAUCGUCAUUGCAUCAGAACUGAUGACUUGGUAGCUAGUGGAUGGUUGAAAGAGCAUGAAUAGUGGUCUCCUUUCAAUCUUGAGAGAUGCUCCCUUAGUAAAAGGAUUGAAAGGUGUUUGUUCUGAACGUGUCAUGUGUUUUCAGAUUCAUUAUCCAGCAGGCUGAUGUUUUUAUAAAGGAUAACUAGAAGAGAAAAUAGGUCUCCUUCUGGGGAGGCCUCUCCAGUUGCUUUUAAUGAUAAUCAGAACUAUCUACCAGUUGCCAAGUAAGGUAAGACCUACUAUCCACUGUUGCCAGACUGGCUUUUUAAAAACUUGUGGUUAUUAUUGCACCUUUUCUCUAAAGCCUUGUCACAAACCCAGACUUUCUUUUUGUAAAAGAUAAGAUCUAUUUUGUCAUCACUUACCACCGUAUAAACUUGUGUAUGUAUGUAUGCUGUACUAGAGAAAAAGUAAUGUAAGUUGUUAAACAUCUCUUUGCAGAAGUACGGUAAAUUUAUUUUGCGAUGUUUAUACACUAGUGCAACAGAAAGUCAUGAGCUUUUAAAAAACCAUGCAACUAGGCUGUUCUGUUUACUAGUUAAGCUGAUCUCCAGAGGUGAUACAAACCUGAUGUCUCCUUGAAAAAAGCACCAUAAGGAUUUCCCCAUUAGAGAGAGCUUUACUUUUAUUAAGAGUCCUAUACACUACUGAAGCCAAAUCACCCGGAAUACGAAGUAAUUACUAAAAAAAUGCAGCACAUCAGCCAGUCCUUGCAUUAGUGCUUCAGACUGUGUUCAUGGGUUCUCACUUGGAGUUACUCUUACUGUUGGUUAUGAGAUACUUCUGUAGUAAUCUGACCCAUACAUGUUAGUCCCUUAAAUCUUGACUCAUAAUGGAUCUGAUUAAAUAUAGUGCCUGCUUUUUAGCAGAUUUCAGUACCAAGGUAAAGAUGAUUUACAGGUAUGUCAAGUUUGUAGUUAAAAGAACAGUCCUUUUUUUCCAAUUGCCCAGUUUUAUAUUUGCCUCCUGUUCCACAGGCAGCAGCAGAGCAGUAGAGUAGAAGCAUCUUAAAUCGUUGAAUCUUACAGGGCCACUGAGGUAUAACAUAAUGUAUUGAUAAACUCCCACUGUUUCUAACAGACAAAUGUUAAAUUUUAUAUACAAGGCUUGGGCUAUAUUUCAAUCAAUUUCAAUCAAAACAGAUGAUACAUUAGAAAAACGUUGCUUUGGGAUAGUAGGGUUUUCUGGUAACUGGGAAUUUUUAAAGCCAGUUUUGACUAACCUUUUGACUACACUACUAAUGUAUUUUUGGGUGAAAGCUCUUUCAUAAAUUCCAAGGCACUCAACAGUUUUAUCAGCUAUAAAUAUACUAUACAAAACAUAAGUACGUGUCUUUAUAUGCCAUUAUUUAUAUAUUGGGAUUGUGUAAAAGGCUAACAGAAAUGCUGCAUCUACAAGAUGAAGCACCUAAAAUGACGUAUUAAGAAAUCUAUUUUGCAGUGGGGAUAAACCUAAUUAAGCUUGUGAGACAAGACUUUUAAUAAGGUAGAGGUAAUACUCAUGUUUCUGUGCAUUUCUGCUGUUUGGAUGCAGAUUUUCCCAUCUGGUGGAGUAAACAAAUGCGCAGGAAUAACGUAGAUGGAAUAUAAUCCUCUCUCAGUACUCAGAGAAUCGUGCUUCCUGAGCUGGACACAACACUGGUUCGUAAAUACCCAUCCAAGCCACUGUUGCACUCUUCCCCAUUUUCCAAGAGAGCUGUUCACUUCCUAAGGCUUUUCCAUCCUCACAUUUUAUAUCUGCUGCUUCCUUCCCCCUCUCCCCCCAUAUAGUGUUCCUGAGUUUCAUGGUACCAGUUUUCUUUCUCUUUCACGCGCCUUGGUUUCUGUCAGACUGGUAAUAGGUGUUGUUAAAACGAGAAAAGUGCAGCAGAGGAAGAGCUCACAGGGAGAAUGGAGACCGGGGUCUUCUGACAGUCCCUGUGAGCCCAGGCUGAUGCAGUUGUGCCUUUCGAACCAGAAGCCAUGCUUGCUGCUGAGCCCAAUAAAGCCAGAAUUCCCCCCUGAAAAUUACUGUCCACAGGCUGGGUUUAGCUGUUUUCCAGGAGGCCAUGCCAUGACUUUUAUGUGGCCAGUUUCAAAAUAAACCAGAAUGUUAAAUGCAUAGGUAUUGGCACAAAUCUGUAUUUCACAAUUGUAAACUUUUAUGUUUAUUAGCUCAAUGUCUUGUACACCAAGCAGAUGGAGACAAUGAAGUAACACCUGCAACUAUUUUUAACUACAUAGAGGCUUCAAGUGGGACAGGUAUGAUUGCCAGAAGGGAUGAUAUUCUUCCCCUGCCACCCACCUAAAUUAGAACAUGCUGUUCAAAUACAAGCUUCACCUAUGUUGCUGCCUUGCUAUUAAUUCCUUCAGUUGUCUGCUUCACUUUGGUAAAUGUGUGUUGUUGGGCUCUCUAUAUCAGAAUUAAAAGACAAC